CUCUCUCUCUCUCUCUGCAUUUCCAACUUGUAAAAGAUUCUAAAUGUCCUUCCAAAUGUUCCUUCACACAUAACAAUAUACAUAUAUACAUACAUACACUUGGCUCAUUUAGUCAUCUUACCCUCACUUUUGCACCAAUUAAAUACAUUCAUUUGCACUUGCAUUUGCAUUUGUUUCCUCUCUAAAUUCCCAUUUUUGUGAAUUUAGAUAGUAAAAAUGGGAAAGGCUACAAGGUGGUUUAAAGGGCUGUUGGGUAUGAAAGAUAAAGAAAAUGUCAACAAUUUGAACAACUCCGGUGACCGGAAAGAUAAGAAAAGAUGGAGCUUCGGAAAGCCCUUGAAGGAAACUCAGCCGCCGGCUGAGGCUGCUUGGUUGAGAUCUUACAUGUCCGAGACAGAAAACGAACAAAACAAGCAUGCAAUUGCUGUCGCCGCCGCCACUGCCGCCGCCGCUGAUGCCGCGGUCGCUGCCGCACAAGCGGCUGUCGCCGUUGUGCGCCUCACAAACCAACGUAGAAUGGCGCCGUAUGGCGGCGGCCGAGAGACAUUGGCCGCGGUCAAGAUUCAAAAAGUCUUUAGAUCCCAUUUGGCUAGAAAGGCUUUAAGAGCUUUAAAAGGGCUAGUGAAAUUACAAGCUCUAGUGAGGGGAUUUUUGGUGAGAAAAAGAGCAGCUGCCACUCUUCAUAGUAUGCAAGCUCUCAUUAGAGCUCAAGCCGCCAUCAGAUCCGAACGGGCUCGUCGUUCGUUCACGAAAGACAACCGUUACGAGCCGUCGGAGUUUCGGCAUCGAAAAUCAAUUGGGAAGAUUGACAUUGAGAGAAAUGAAUUCCAUAGCAAGAGACUCUCGGCUUAUGAAUCGAAUUGCUACGAAGAGAGCCCGAAAAUAGUUGAAAUCGACACCUAUAGGCCGCAAUCUAGAUCCCGACGCAUAAACACAUGUGCAUCUGAUUCCGGGGAGGAUUCACAUUCGCAUUCGCAUUCACAUUACAUCAACACCAUGCCAUCCCCCCUUCAUUGCCAAAACCCUGCGUGCCUUUCAAUUCCCGAAUUCAACAAUCAUCAAGAUUUCGAGUGGGGAUACGUGGGCGAUGAUUACAAGUACUCAAACACGGCUCAAAGCACUCCUCGUUUCAUCAAUUCAAACAAGUUAAACGGGCAAGUGACCCCGGCUAAAAGUGUGUGUGGGGAUAGCUUUUUCAGGCCGUAUUCAAACCACCCGAGUUACAUGGCGGGCACACAGUCGUCUAAAGCGAAACUGAGGUCACAUAGUGCACCUAAACAAAGGCCCGACCCGGGGCCCAAGAAGAGGUUGUCACUUAAUGAAAUUGUGGCAUCAAGAUAUAGUUUAAGUGGUUUGAAGAUGCAAAAGACUUGUUCUCAAGUUCAAGAAGCUUUUGAUUUGUAAUGGUGGUUAAGUUAGCUACUUAGAUUAUCAAUCAGUCAAUGUGUUGUUUUUGAUAGAGAAUUUGGCAUAGAUGUGAACAAGAAAUCCUUUUUCUUGGCUUUGUUUGUGUAAAUUAUAUUAAAAGUGUUUUGAGAUUUGAAUGUAUGAAGAAGCUUUCUUGAAUCAA